AAACCGUACACUCGGAAACCCCCCCCGCCAAACUCCUUCCUUCAAAUACCGCCUGAAAAUCCCCUCUUCAUCUUCGGAAAAUACCUAACCAGAAACAGCACAUCGCCUAAUAGCUCUAAUCACACUUUGAAUGCAUGAUUAAGCCGUACCGUACCGGGUUCCUGAUUAGGAACCUGUCCCGAUUUUCACUUCAAAGACUCGCUCCCUUCUCUUCAUCGUCUGCUGCAAACCUUGGAUUUUCGAAUUCCUCUACUGAUGAAGACGAGCUAGACGAAAUCAAUGAUAGCGCAGUUUAUCGACACACCAUCUCAACCCAGCGGCCGUCCACCGUAGAAUGGAAACCCAGUUUGGUGAAUUUGGUUAGAUUUAUCGGUACAGUGGGCAGGUCCCCGAUAAUCUACAAAACUAAAGGCGGUGGAUUUGGUUGUUACACUCUACUCUACGCAAGAGAUCCACAUGAUUCGAAUCGCUGGUUCAGGAUUCUAGUGGAGACUUGGUGUGAAAUGGCGAAAAUGUGCAUUCAACAUGUAAAGCCAAACGAUAUUAUCUACGUUUCGGGUCAUUUAGAAUCUUACAUCAGUUUUGACAGGACUGGAAAUCCAAGUUCCAGUUACAAGAUAAUUGCGAAUGAAUUGUGUUACAUUGCACAACAUAAUCAACGGUCAGAUUGCCAAAGCGCUGAGGAACCAGAGUCAGAGACCUGCCUAAAAUUCAAGGAACCAGAAUCAAGUGCUUGUCAAAAAUACACGGAGCCAUAUUCAGGAGCUGGAACUGGCGUGGAAAAGGACAAAAACCAUCUUUGCCUAUGGAAAGCAUUUUUCAGCAGCCCACAUGAGUGGUGGGAUAACAGGAAAUUUAAGAAAAAUUCAAAGUUACCUGAUUUUAAGCACAAGAUUAGUGGUGAUGCUCUGUGGUUGAGACCAGAUGAUCCACUGUGGAUCAAAACAAAACUUCAAUUGCUUGAUUGGAAAGCGGGAGAACAUUGUGAAGAGGAAAGGCACAAAAACCACCUUUACUUGUGGCAAGUGUUCUUCGCCAGCCCGCAUGAAUGGUGGGAUAACAGGAAAAAUAAGAAAAACUCGGCGUCUCCAGAUUUCAAGCACAAGGAUACUGGUGAAGCUCUUUGGUUGAGUUCUAAUGAUCCCCCUUGGGUAAAAAGACAAAUCCAAUUGCUUGAUUUAAACAUGGCUGUACAACACCAAGAGAGAGGUGCAGGUUCUCGUGUCUCUCAUUGGGUGUAUGAUGACUGAAAGUAUACGUGCAGGACCUUGAAAGAGGAAGGCGUGUGGUACUGGAGAUUUACUGCAGGAGAGCUUGUGCGUGCAUUCUUAUACCUCUUGCGUUCUGAUGUAUGUUAGGUAAAUACUAUAAUUUACGUUAACACAAUCACCACCCGUAGUUUUAGUUGAAAUGACGUUAACCACAACUGAUAUUAAAAUUUCAGAGUGGUCAAAUGUGAUGAAAAACAUGAAACAGGAUCGAUUAUUGUAAAUACAGUAAAACUAAGGGGUGAUCAAUGUACCUUCCCCAGCAUUACUUAUAUACUAAAACGCUGGUUUUAAUUGUAUU